UAUUGUUAAAAUAUUGUUAAAAACUGAAUUGCUUUUCCUUUUAGUCUCUUAAGUGGCACAUGGACUCAUAUUACUAGUAAUACCCCUUCAUAAAAAUACCCAAACUAGCUUUGUUUACUCCUUGAAUGGGGCUCGUUGUUGCCAGGACAACCCGCUGGCAUUCCAAUGCAAAACAAAUCGAAUUUCGGCUGUCGGUGCUUUGAGUUCGAAGGAAUUUCAGUGAGGUUCCUGCACAGCCUUGGUGUGGUGCUUCACCGAGUGCUAGGAUUCCAGCCGACCUUUGGUAUCUCUGUUUCUGGUCUGCAAAGUGGAAGUGCAAUGAACUGACAUGAUUACGGGACCGGAGGCCAGGCAAACGCACAGGUUAUUGGACUUGAAGAAGCAGCAAUGGGCCAAGGAGAGAGAGGAAAUAGCUCGCAUGGAUGAGAUGUACCAUCAUCAGCACACCUCCCACCACAAAAUCGAACGCACCUCCAUUCGCACCUACUACUCCAACUUGGAUCUCAGCCAGACUUCGACCUCGAAUCAAACUUCCAGUCAUUCGCGACGAGCUAAAGGUCCGGAUAUGCAAUUGAUCCUGCGACAGCCGGAGUAUAGGCAGGGCAACCAGGCCUAUAUGAAUCAGCUUGAGCGGUAUAUCGAUGAUCUGGAUGUGGAUGCCGAUGCGGAUUAUGAGGACGAAGAUGAGUCCAUGUAUCGCAGAACCCGAAGAGGGAGCUAUGCUCCUGGGAUGACAUCCCGUCAGUUGCAGAAUCCUGCUCGGUAUGCCGAACUAGUGCCCACAUCUCUACAAACGGCCAAGGGAAGGAUGCAGAACUCACGUCAGGAGGCGCAGCAACACUUGAAGCUGCAACACCAGCAACUUUUGCUGCAGCAACAGCAACACCAACAACAUUUGCAACAGCAACAGCAACGCCUGCGGAGUCCCAGUUUGCCAGCCAUAAGACAGAGGGUGAGACACCAGGAAAAGACGGGGAAACCAACUGACAUUGAUCCCGGCAACGGGCCACAUCGAUUAAACAAUCCCCCGGGAGGUGCUGGCAACAACGCUGGCGGUGGGGGUGGCGGAGUCCAGGGACCUCCUGGUUGCCAGGAGGAGGAUACUUCCGGCUAUCUGAGCGAUACACCCAAGAAUCCCCACACCCCAGACAUUUGGUUCAACGACGGUGCGAGUCAAAUCGAGAGCAUUAGUGGUAUGGGAAGCGCCAGUGUCCUGGAUGGCGGCAGUGUGGGUGCUGUGGGUGGGGGUGUGGCUGGCUGCCGUCGCCUUCGGCGAUCGAUACAGGCGGGUACUACAGCUGCACCAAUUCCUGCACCGAUUUCCAUGCCCAUACCGCAUCAACCACCCCCGUUAAAUCCGCUGGGCAAGGUAUACACCAUCAAGGGACGACGUGUGCCAGGGCAGGGAUAUGAGCCACUCGCUGCCGAUGGAUACAUGGCCGAUGGCUGCUGCUAUGUGCCUGCACCUCCCAGCUCCUCCAACAUGAGCAUGAGCCGCGAUGUCUCCACUUCUAACACUUACCAGGUUCACAUUGGCAAUCCGGAGCAGAACGAUUUCUAUGUCCAUGAGCAGCAUGAAAGGGAACGGGCUCGCUGGGCCAACUUCAAUGGAGGAGCUGGCCAUCAGGCACCCCAGCAGCCACCUGGAUGGCUCAGUCGCGGAAUGCAUGAUCUCAAGGACAGCGAGGACGAUGUCCAGUCUAUGCAGUCAUCCUCCACAUAUCUACGAGGUCAGAAUGCCCCACUAGAUGCUCAUACUCUAGCCGAAAGAAUGGACAAAAGACGUAAGGCAGCCGAGUAUCACAAUGCCAUUAAGAAGCAACUUCACGAGCGGGAACUGAUCCGGAAAUGGGAACUAGAACGCCAUCGGCAGGAGGAGCAGAUCGAGGAAGAGCGCAUCCGCAGACAGAAGCAAUUGGAGCAGGAACGUCUGGAUUUCGAGAGGAGAACUCUUCUGGAACGAGAAGAGGCCCAGCAAAAGAAGCAGCAAGUUAUGCUGGAUGCCAUACAGAAAGCAGAAGUCGCAGCCAAAUUGGAGAAACAAAAGAAGCGAAUAGUUCGCCAGCCAUCCAAAGUGUCCCAGGAAACCGAGGAGGAGGAGUCCGAGCUGCUAAGAGUGCAAUCCGUGGAGGAGGACGAAGAAGAGGAGGUGGUGGGAACUGCUGCAGGAGAAACAUCCCCUCAAGAAGAAGAGCCAUCUAAUACACCACGAGCUGCCCCUCCAGUCGUCACAGAGGAAAAGGUACUGAUAGGCACACCCAUCAACCUUCGACGUACCAUCACGAAGCCCAUUAGACAACCCAAGGAUACUCAGAAAGAGGAAACCAAAGGACCAACUCAGACCAAAAAACAACCUUCUUUCCUGGGCGAAGACAAGGAGAACAUGGCGCUGCUGAUGCAACCAGCUACUCUCAUACCAUUGCCGGUUACCAGUGAUAUUUUCGGCCUGCAAAAUGCCAUUGGUAACCUACAGAUAGCCACUUACUUUAUGCAACAACCCAUACAGAAGCUACCACAGACAUCUGGCUCAUACUCAAAGGCCACGAUGACCCAUCGUACAGAUACCUCUAUAUACACAGAGGAUGGCUAUCAGGCGGAAAAGGAGGAAGAUCCCCUAGAGACUGCAAGAUCUGGUAGGACGGAUUUGGUCACCGCCAGUGGCUGCUUUUCUCCUGACUCUUUAGAGGUGGAUGUGGCUCCAGCUUCAGUGCCCGAACAAGACAAACUCGCACUGAUACCCCUUAAGACGCCUUUACAGCUGGGGAACAGCUUAAACAGUUCAGAUGACAGAGAUGCCCACAACCACGAACUGGGUCACCAGGCGGAUGUGGAAACCCAGACAGAGUUGCCCUUGAAUUGCGAUCUCUGCCUGUUCCACGAUAACUUCUAUAAGGUUUUGCUCAAGCGGGAGGUUUCCACCACCACCACAACUCAGACAUCCAAGUCUCAGACCCAACCCGCUAAGGAAUCUACUGCUGAAAAAGAUCAUGAGACCACGACUACUACGACUACCACCACCACAACCACAUUUAAGGCUAAGAGUAAGGAUAAGGAAAAGGACAAGAAUCUGAAGAAGAACCAAAACAAAGACAAAGACGCCAACAAGAUGGACGAUAGACCAAAGUGGGGUGUCAAUCGCCCGGUGGUUCAAUAUGUCAAGGCCAGCGAUCGGGAUCCCUUUUGCCUGAGGAAGAAGAAAAACCAUCCUAGUACGGCCAAACCACCAAGAUCUUUGUCCAUGGACUCCCGUUUGGAUAGUGUGGCGGCUUUGCCCGAAGAUCGUUUAAUAAACCUCGCCGGAGGACCUUCAUCUGCUGCAGGGGAAAAGGAAGAGGAGGGCUUCCUCCUCAAAGCCCGGAAUGUAUGCACCGAAAUCCUACCCAUAAAAACCGAUGACAAGGGUCGCAUUUUCCUGAACUUUCGCGAGGCCAGUGCCAUUAUGAACGAGGACGAGAUCAAGGAUAAGCUGAGGCAGAAGUAUUUCAAUUUCGGCAGGAUUCUUCCCCGCAGAAACUGGGCCUCGGCCACCCAGCAUGCUCUGCCCUUCAGUGCGGUGACCACAGCUCCUCCCCAAGCCACGGUGGGAGUGGGCGAUUUGGCGGAUGAUUGAAGUCAACUUCAAAUUAUUUAAUGACCAGAAAACUUUUACAAUGCAUUAAUAUUAAUUCGUAACUAGAACGACUGUAAACCCUUUAUGUAAAACCUUUAAAUAUAUACAUUUGUA